GCCGCCUCUCAUCGUCGAUUGAGCCACAGAGGCAACGAUCCACGGCGCUGUUUGCCCCGCGACAUUCACGGCCAGCCGGAAUCUGUUUAGCGGCUCAAUUAAAACGAAUGUGUCUCUGUGGCCUGUGUACCUGUCACCGUGGCCUGCGUACCUUAUCAUUACAGACCAAUUCAGAUUCUUACUGGUCACCUCGUGUCACUUAAACAUCUCAACGUGCAUCCUACAAAGUCCCAUCACAAAGGAGAAACACAAACAAAUAGACAUUUAACAAAAACUAAAUUUCCCUUUAUAAAAAUACGGGUACAUCGUAUGGGUUGACAGGUAUGAUAAUGUCUUUGGUUUAGGUUGAGUGAUUAAAAUGCCAAUGUGUGUCGUCCACCCUCCACCAAAUAAAUAGAUAACGUUUUUUGUUCCUCGAGCACACCGGCAGUUUUUGGAUAACGUAACAUUUCACAGUACGACAUUUCGCUGGGAGUUUGCAAAUAAACACUUGGGUUGUGAUUUCUUACAAAUAUGUUUUCAAGCCGCACUCAGCUGUCUGCUGGUUUCAAAUUAUUUUGAUGUCUCUCAAUUUCAAUAAAUUCUCUAAUUAUCCUUUGCCAAGAGUCAUGAGUUUUAUAUAGAACAUCAAAGUUAUAAAACAAAAUAGAAUGGCCUUGCGGGACAGGUAUGCUCCACAACUGCCAACUGUUGUGUUUUUCGAGCACGUUGAUGUUCCUGUGAUAUAUAUUUUUAAUAAUGUGCCGAUAUUUGUUCCAAUUGAUGUUUCUCCCCUUCUGUUGAGUCUGAUUUUAACUGGUGCCACUACAGAGCCGUGUCCUCCCGCGCUGCAGUGCGUGCGAGGUGGAGUUGGCAGCAUGGCGAACGCCGUAGACGAUGGACAACUCUUCCCGGCCAUGCCAAGGGGGCCCCUGGACUUGUAUCGUGCAAAGGCGUCCUUCGACUGGAGACAGAUGGCCCUCUUCAUAGACAGCGAAGAAAUUCUGCACUUCAGGAAACUGGUGUUUUCUGUGCUGGAGAAGGACCCACUCUUUGCACGGCAGCCUGGUGAAGACGUGCCCAUGGAGCGCAAGCGUGAACUCGCCUUCCUGCAAUGCCGCCGUCUCUUUGAGUAUGACUUCCUGCCCCUGGAGGAUAUGAUGCAGUGCCCCUUGAAGAUAGUGGCCCUGAACGAGUGCCUUAACAUGUAUGGUCACGAUAGCUGCCCCAAGUACCAGCUCAGCAAACAGAUGUUUGGUGGAACUGUAAAAAACUCAGGAUCAGAGAGACAUGAAGAAUUCGUCCGCAAAACAGAUUCAAUGGAGAUUUUUGGCUGCUUUGCACUGACAGAGUUGAGCCAUGGCAGUAACACCAAGGCCAUGCGAACAACAGCCACCUAUGACCCUAAAACACAGGAGUUUGUGAUCAACACUCCGGACUUUGAAGCCGCAAAGUGUUGGGUUGGGAACUUGGGAAAAACGGCAACGCACGCAGUCGUGUUUGCACAACUCUACACGCCGGACGGUCAUUGUCAUGGGCUACAUUCCUUCGUGGUGCAGGUCAGGGACACAAACACCUUGCUCCCCAGGCCAGGCAUGUUGGUGGGUGACAUGGGCAAGAAGCUGGGAAUGAAUGGACUUGACAAUGGGUUUGUUUUCUUUAAUAACGUCCGCAUUCCUCGAGGUAAUUUGCUAAACAAAACUGGCGAUGUGACACCUGAAGGGAAAUACGUCACCCCUUAUAAGGACCCCAAGCGUCGUUUCGGUGCCAGCCUGGGCAUGCUGUCUGGUGGUCGUGUGGGCAUAACAGGCAUGGGUGUGACCAACCUCAAGAUCUGUAUGACCAUCAGCAUUCGCUACUCAGCUGCUAGGCACCAGUUUGGCCCCACAGACAACCAGGAAAUCCCUGUGCUGGAGUACCAACUUCAGCAAUGGCGGCUGAUUCCCUUUCUGGCUGCCACCUACGCCUGGAACAAUUUUUACAAAACACUGUUCUUCAACUAUGCAGAGUUGCAGAUGGGGAUCAUGCAGAAGGACAACAGUGAGCGGCAGAGUGAGCUAGGCCGUGAGAUCCAUGCUCUGUCAAGUAGCAGUAAGGCCCUGUCGGCGUGGACCGCAAGAGACGCCAUCCAGGAGAGCCGUGAGGCCUGUGGAGGCCAUGGAUACCUGGCCAUGAACCGGCUGGGGGAGCUGCGGGAUGGUAACGAUCCCAAUUGCACGUACGAGGGAGAGAACAACGUCCUCCUGCAGCAGACCAGCAACUACCUCAUGUCCUGGGUCAAUCGGAAGCCAGCAGACAUCCAGUCCCCAACUGGCUCGGUGGACUUCCUCAGAGACCGCAUCAGUAUCCUGCAACAAAAGUUCUCGGCUAAAACAGAACAAGAAUGUCUUGAUUCGUCCAUGCCUCUGGCGGCGUACAAGUGGCUGGUUUGCUUCCUGCUCCGAGAGAGCACCAGCAAGUACGAGCGGGAGAGAGCGGCUAGCAGCUCUGACUUUGAGGCCAGGAACAACUCACAGGUGUUCUACUGCCGCUCGUUGGCGAUUGCUUUUGUGGAGCAUGUGGUGUUGGAGCGGUUCCACACGCUGGUGCACGACCCGGCGGUACCAGCAGGUCUGCAGCCUGUGCUGCACCGCCUGGCUGCACUGUACGGCCUCUGGAGCCUGGAGAAGCAUGCGGCCACGCUCUACCAGGGAGGCUACAUCAUUGCCAGUGCUCCCCUGCAGCUCAUAAGGAACUCAAUCGUCCGCCUUUGUGCUCAGUUAAAGGAUGAAGCUGUGGCAUUAGUGGAUGUCUUUGCACCUCCAGACUUCAUCCUCAACUCUCCCAUUGGACGUGCUGAUGGACAGAUCUACCAGAACCUGUGGAGCACCAUGCUGCAGGGACCAGGUGUGCUGGAGCGGCCAUCCUGGUGGCAGGAGAUGUCCUCCAUCAAGCCAGUGGUGGGCUCACUCCGCCCUAAGCUCUAGAGACUUGCACAGGAACACCUACUUUACAGAGGAAGAGCCCAACAGCUCUCAAGUCCAGACCUUGCAACUUCUAUCCUGGUAAUCCAAUCAUUCGAAGUCUGCGGAAUAAUAAUAAUAGCUGAAAUUCACAUUUCCUAUAUAUUUUUUUUUUAGGGGUGGAGCAGUCUUUCAAUGAUUAGCUUACUGCACUAUGCACCUGGCAACCAGUGUUUGCAUCAGCGAUGAGUGAUAUAUAACCUGCACCCCACCCUCUUCCUUUGAACCAAUCCACACCGACCAAUGUGGUAAAAUAUGGUAGACAAAAACCCUCACCGUAAGGCCUUCAUCCAGUGGUGGGUUUACAAAGGGUUGUACAUUAUUAUUUUAAUAUUAUUUAUCAGUUCACACAUACUUGUUGUGCAUGCUGAUGAAUAGUUUAUGGCCAUAGAGAGUUUUGUCGAGGAAAAGUUUUAAAGACUUGCGAUUAGUUUACAAUUGGAAUACAUUUGUGAAAAGCUGCAGCAAAGAAUGGCCACUUUAAUGUUUUUAUAAUCCAUACUUUAACGAAGACCUUAGAUAUGCAUGACACUUCAUGCAGAAUUUGGUUAAAUUGACUCAAAAACAAUGACGUUAGUUCCACACCCUAUCUAUCCUACAAGCAUGCCCCUCAUUAAACAUUUAGAUUUCUUUGGUGGGAGUUACUGCUCGAGCAGCCUUUUUUAACUUUAAAGUUUUUGAUUUUAUUACACAGCAUUGUACAUUCAUAAAAUAAACUGUAAUAUACUGUUUAUGAGAAUAUGAAAGAAAACCAUUAAGCAAUUCAUUUAAAGCAGUAUACAUGGUGUGUUCAUGUACAACUCUUCUGUAAAUCAACUGGUGGAUGAGGACCUCUCCAUGCCAUGCAGAUCAUGGGGGUAAUUGACCAUACAUCACAUCUGUUAGUGUAGGUUGGUGAAAUCUGUGGCUGUAUAUCUGGGAGGAUAAAAAGUCUCGAAACAACACUGUCGUCUAAUGCUCAUCACAUAGCCUGAAAGCCCGAUGACCACUUUCGUGGUGAUCACUCAUCCAAAUUCGAUGCAGGCUCCAACUUACAUCGGCUUCAGAGAUCAGAGACAUUACAUGUGAUAAUAGGGUUUUUCCCUUUUUUUUUCUGGCAACAAAACUGAAACCUUUUUACGAGGAUUCAUGUCUGCAUUAACCACAAUACCUGCAGUCAAAAUGCAAACAAAAAACAUACUAUGAUAAUAUAUGCAUUGUCCUUGAAACUGAUUGGUCCACACCUUUUGAGCCUCGAACCAUUUGGUGCUAUAUUUUGGUACUGGCAAAAGAGGUCUAAUGAUGUACAUUACAUCUGGUUUAAUCAUAGGUUGUUCCAUUAUAAAUUUGGGAAAAUGCACCAGCCUGUUUUUUUUAUUGGCCAUGUUGGAUGAUUAACUUGGUUGAGUUAAGUGAUUCAUGCGCAACAUUGAGACAUUGCCUAAUUUGGUCCGAAGACCUUAUGAAUUCCUCCCAACCCUGUAUCGUGUCCCAUUCCAGGAGAAUAGCCAUAAAGAGAGACAUGCCUUCUUUUGGACCGUGGAGGUCACUUAUAAAUCAAAUUGGUGGGAAGAUGUAACCUUUCGCCUUUUGGAAUUCCCAUUUGAAAUGGAUACAUGUGGCAGUAAUAACUGCUGCUUUUCGGCCUUUUUAUUCUUUCUGCCUCGAUGAUUUUAGGUGUGCAAAUGAGCAGUGGUGUUGAUUUCUAUAUUGCUGUAUGUUCAUAUGUUUUGCCAAUCUAUAGUGUAUAUGUGGGGAGCUGCAGUAAGGUAGAUAGUGCGCUGCACCUACGAAUCCGGCAAGACGAGUUCGAUUCCUGCUCAUGGCCAACAAGUGAGGAUUAUCUGAACCAGUAAUGGGCCUCCCCUAGGUCGACUCAGCCUCAAAUGAUGUAUAAACGUUCUCACUGGGGAGGCCAAGGCAGCCUGGGCAUGGUGCUGGAUAACCUAUCCUCCACUUGGCAGGAUAAGAUCAGACAACCAGGAAUGACUCUUCUGUUGUGGGUGCUUUGCUAACAGUACUUGCCCCAACAGUCUGUUAAGUCUAUGGGGGGGUAUUUGUGCAGGUGCAAACAAAACUAGUUACAUGACGACAGUAAAAGGAACAUGCUUCUAAAAUGAAGCACACAGCUAUUUACACGUGGAAGUGUUGAAAUACCAAUAAACUCUUGUGAUCGUCAGGCACUGAUGCAGACCAUACUUUUAACAGGUAACAAUGUGGCAAUAAUUAUAAAUCCAAUGGAAUGCGGAAAAUCAUGAUUUUAAAUGCAAACAGACUAUAAAAAGUGGUGCGAUCUGAGGAUUUACUUUCCUGCAAAUCCCUUGCGUUGACUUUACUUGGCCUGUUGUUAAGGGUGCUUGAUAGGCUAUGUUUUAAGCGUUUGGUUCUGCGGUGCUAGAUGUCCAAAGAGUUCCGAGGCUAGAACACUUGUGGGAUGUGAACAACACAACCAAUGUUCGGGCAUUAAGGAGUUGUAUGAUGCUCGACUUACGUGGUGUAUUCGUGCCAAAGGGAUUGCCACUGCUCACUUUAACACAUGGUUUCGUUCUGGUAGGUGUUCCAAGUGGGUUAAUAAUUUUGCCAGGAUGAAAAUGAAAUAUAGGUUAAUGUUUUCACUUGGCACUUGGAUUUUAUUAACUGUUCUCAUACAUUUGGGUUUCAUCUUGUUUACAAAUGGAUUAUUUUGUUAAGGUUAGUGAAAGACGAAGUGCCUUUGAAUGACGAUUACCAAUUAAAAUGUAACGGUACAUCGACUUAUCGAUAUUGAUUCUUAAGCUCUCGAUACAUGCACCAUUGAUUUAUUUAAGAAUCUGUUCGAUUUGUAUACUUGCAAUAGAUUCAUGUGACCCAUGCAGUCACUCAAGGCUUCUACAGUUGCCACGUUAAAUUUUGAUUUAAAGCUUUCGUGACUGCAGGGAUUCAUAUUCUUGGUUCUUUCGGUAAAGUCACGUAGAAGGGAAACAAUAAAAUAAUAA